UCUCCCUUAGCAACUUCACUUCAUCGGUGCCUCGACCUCAGAUCUCUUCAGAUGAAGAUGGCCUUGCCUGGGAAUCCUGCUACUUCCAUCAUCAUCUAAUAAUGGGACGAGGCUGUGACAGCAGAUCUGGGAGCAGGAGAAAGGGGCCAAUCAAGCCCCCCAGGAAACACUGGAGGACUUGCCUACCUUUUGAAGAACUCUAGUGGUUUCUGAGUCUAGCCCACUCUGGCGGUAAGCAUGAUACGACUUCUGCCACUUCUGCUGGGGCUUUUGGGGCCAGGUGGCUUCUUGUUCCUUCCAGGGGAUUGUCAGGAGGUGGCCACUCUCACUGUGAGAUACCAAGUGUCAGAAGAAGUGCCGUCUGGCACAGUGAUAGGCAAGCUGUCGCGGGAACUGGGUUGGGAGGAGAGGCAUGGGCAAACGACAGCUGCCUUCCAGGUCUUGCAGCUGCCUCAGGCGCUCCCCAUCCGGGUGGAUCCUGAGGACGGCCUGCUUAGCACAGGGAGGCGGCUAGACCGAGAGCAGCUUUGCCGGCAGCAGGAUCCCUGCUUGGUUUCCUUUGAUGUGCUUGCCACAGGGGAUUUGGCUCUGAUCCACGUGGAGAUCCAGGUGCUGGACAUCAAUGACCAUGAGCCACAGUUUCCCAAAGGUGAGCAGGAGCUGGAAAUCUCUGAGAGUGCCUCUCUGCGCACCCGGAUCCCCUUGGACAGAGCUCUCGACCCAGACACUGGCCCCAACACCCUGCACUCCUACACGCUGUCUCCCAGCGAGCACUUUGCCUUGGAUGUCAUUGUGGGGCCUGAUGAGACUAAACAUGCAGAACUUGUGGUGGUGAAGGAGCUAGACCGGGAAAUCCACUCAUUUUUUGAUCUGGUGCUAACUGCCUAUGACAGUGGGAACCCCCCAAAGUCAGGCACCAGCUUGGUCAAGGUCAAUGUCCUGGACUCCAAUGAUAACAGCCCUGUGUUUGCUGAGAGCUCACUGGCACUAGAAAUCCAGGAAGAUGCUGCCCCUGGUACUCUCCUCAUAAACUUGACUGCCACGGAUCCUGAUCAAGGCCCCAAUGGAGAGGUGGAGUUCUUUCUCAGCAGGCAUGUACCUCCAGAGGUGCUAGAUACCUUCAGUAUUGAUGCAAAGACGGGCCAGGUGAUUCUGCGUCAACACCUAGACUACGAGAAGAAUCCUGCCUAUGAGGUGGAUGUCCAGGCAAGGGACUUGGGUCCAAAUCCCAUACCAGCCCAUUGCAAAGUACUCAUCAAGGUUCUGGAUGUCAAUGACAAUGCCCCAAGCAUCCACAUUACAUGGGCCUCCCAGCCAUCACUGGUGUCAGAAGCUCUUCCAAAGGACAGUUUCAUUGCUCUCAUCAUGGCAAAUGACUUGGACUCAGGAAAUAAUGGUCUGGUCCACUGUUGGCUGAGCCAAGAACUGGGCCACUUCAGACUAAAAAGGACCAAUGGCAACACAUACAUGCUACUAACCAACACCACACUGGACAGAGAGCAGUGGCCUAAAUAUACCCUCACUCUGUUGGCUCAAGACCAAGGACCCCAGCCCUUAUCGGCCAGGAAACAGCUCAGCAUUCACAUCAGUGAUGCCAAUGACAAUGCACCUGUGUUUGAGAAGAGCAGGUAUGAGGUCUCCACUCGGGAGAACAACCUACCUUCUCUUCACCUCAUUACCAUCAAGGCUCAUGACGCAGACUUGGGCAUUAAUGGAAAAAUCUCAUACCGUAUCCAGGAAUCCCCAGUUUCUCACUUGGUAGCUAUUGACUCAGACACAGGAGAGGUCACCGCGAAGAGGUCACUGGACUAUGAACAGAUGGCUAGUUUUGAGUUCCGUGUGAUCGCAGAGGACAGGGGGCAGCCUCAACUUGCAUCCAGCGUCUCUGUGUGGGUCAGUCUCUUGGAUGUCAAUGAUAAUGCCCCAGAAGUGAUUCAUCCUGUCCUCAUUGAUGGAAAAGCCAGCCUCUCAGUGCUCGUAAAUGCCUCCACAGGCCACCUUCUGGUACCCAUUGAAACUCCUAACGGCUUAGGUCCAGUGGGUACUGAUCCAACACCACUGACAACCCACAGUUCCCGGCCGUUCCUUCUGACAACCAUUGUAGCAAGAGAUGCAGACUCAGGCGCAAAUGGAGAGCUCCUCUACAGUAUUAGGAGUGGGAAUGAAGCCCAUCUCUUUGUCCUCAACCACCACCUGGGCCAGUUGUUCAUCAACGUCACCAAUGCCAGUAAUCUCAUUGGGAGUGAGUGGGAGCUGGAGAUAGUAGUAGAAGACCGUGGCAGCCCCUCCUUGCAGACCCGAGCCCUCUUGAGGGUCUUGUUUGUCACCAGUGUGGACCACUUGAGGGACAAGGCCCGUGAGCCUGGGACCCUGAGCACAUCAGUGCUGACAGUGAUUUGCCUGGUUGUACUGCUGGCCAUCUUUGGGUUGAUCUUGGCUCUGAUCAUGUCCAUCUGCCGGACGGAGAAGAAGGACAAUGGGGCGUACAAUUGUCGGGAGGCUGAGUCUACCUAUCGCCACCAGCCCAAGAGGCCGCAGAAACACAUUCAGAAGGCAGACAUCCACCUUGUGCCUGUGCUCAGGGGUCAGGUGGAUGAGCCCGGCGAAGUUGGGCAGCCCCACAAGGACACAGGCAAGGAGGGGAUGAUGGAGGCAGGCUGGGACCCCUGCUUGCAGGCCCCCUUUCACCUCACUCCAACCUUGUACAGGACCCUACGUAACCAAGGCAACCAGGGAGCACUGGCUGAGAGCCGAGAGGUCCUGCAGGACACUGUCAACCUCCUUUUCAACCAUCCCAGGCAGAGGAAUGCCUCCAGGGAGAACCUGAACCUUCCUGAAUCCCAGCCUGUGAUGGGCCAGCCACGCUCAAGGCCCAUGAAGGCUAUGGGCAGCCCCGCAGGGAGGCUGCCAGGAGAUGCAGGCAGUGAGGAGGCUUCAUUGAGUCCACCGGCCUCCUCUGCAACCUUGAGGCGGCAGCGGAAUCUCAAUGGCAAAGUGACCCCUGAGAAAGAGUCGAGUCCCCGUCAGAUCCUGCGGAGCCUGGUCCGGCUAUCUGUGGCUGCCUUUGCAGAGCGGAACCCUGUAGAGGAACUCACAAUGGAUUCUCCUCCUGUUCAGCAAAUCUCGCAGCUGCUGUCCUUGCUGCAUCAGGGCCAAUUCCAGCCCAAACCAAACCACCGGGGAAAUAAGUACUUGGCCAAGCCCAGCGGCGGCAGGAACACAGUCCCAGACACAGAUGGCCCAGAUGCCAGGGCCGGUAGCCAGGCAGAACCAGACCAGGAGGAAGGGCACCUGGGUCCUGAAGAGGACCUCUCUGUGAAGCAGCUGCUAGAAGAAGAGCUGUCAAACCUGUUGGACCCCAACACAGGCCUGGCCCUGGACCGGCUGAGUGUCCCCGAUCCGGCCUGGAUGGCGAGGCUCUCUUUGCCCCUCACCACAAACUACCGUGACAACGUGUUCUCACCAGACACUCCGGCCUUGGAGGAGCCGCGGACCUUCCAGACGUUCGGCAAGGCGUCGGGGCCUGAGCUGAGCCUGACAGGCACGCGGCUGGCCAGCACCUUCGUCUCGGAGAUGAGCUCGCUGUUGGAAAUGCUGCUCGAACAACGCUCCAGCGUGCCCGUGGAGGCCGCCUCCGAGGUGCUGCGGAGGCUCUCUGUCUGCGGGAGGACCCUCAGUCUGGACCUGGCCACCAGCGGGGCCUCGGGCACGGAAGGCCAGGGGGGCCCAGGUGGCAAGAAGGGGGCCGAGGGCAGGACUGGCAGCAGCAGCAGCAGCAGCAGCAGCAGCAGGGGGCUGUGGAUCCAGGAACCGGGCAUGCUAGGGAGCCCAGGCGCUAAGGAUCCUGGGACACGAGCCACUUUCGAAAAUCUUUGAAUUCACUGUUGGGAGGAGGCCCGAGAACUUUCGGGUGACCUAUGCUGCCCCACAGAGGAGGCAGGGGCGCCACGACUAAUAGCUGGCUGACCAAAGCAGCCCCUUGUGAGGGGCUGGCUCUGCCUGUGAAUUUUCUGGAGGACAGAGCCAUUUGUGGCUGAAAUGAGUGUUUGCUGGCAAAACACAUGUAGAGCACAGAGGGUCAGUCCUCCUGCGGAACGGAUGCCAAGGAGUGUCAUAAGCAGGAAAGGAUGGCCUCAUUGCAUAGUUGGAGGGGGGUGCUGGUCCUGGGGUGCCAGGCAAAGCUCUCUGACCUACUAAUAAAGGAAAAG